GCGCCUAUAAAUAAAAUCUGGUUACGUUAGCGUUGGAAUAUGAAUGAAGGCCGCUCUUCUCUGUAACAAUAUUUUAAGCCUCAUUGCUUAUCCUUGUCUAGUGGCGGCGCCAAGAAUUAGGGCAUCUAGGGUUUUCAGUUUUAGUUGUCUCUCUACGAUCACCAGUAAUCCUCCUCCUUGUUCGUUUCCGUCUCUCGCCAAAUCCGCAACGAUGCCGGGUGUUGACCGGCCGGAAAUGGAGUGGCCUGCGAAGAAAGUGAGGGACACCUUCUUCAAGUACUUCGAAGGGAAGAAUCACGUCAAUUGGAAAUCUAGUCCAGUUGUUCCUCUCAAUGAUCCCACUCUCUUGUUCGCUAAUGCCGGUAUGAACCAAUUCAAGCCGAUCUUUUUGGGGACUGUGGAUCCCAACACAGCGAUGAGCAAGCUCAGCAGGGCGUGCAACACUCAAAAAUGCAUUCGAGCUGGCGGGAAGCAUAACGAUCUCGAUGAUGUAGGAAAAGACACUUACCACCAUACUUUCUUUGAGAUGUUAGGAAAUUGGUCUUUUGGGGACUAUUUCAAGAAGGAUGCAAUUGAGUGGGCUUGGGAACUCCUUACUAAGGUUUACGGCCUGCCUACAGAACAUAUAUAUGCCACCUACUUUGGCGGUGAUGAAAAAGCUGGUCUUCCACCUGAUAAUGAAGCUAGAGAUACAUGGCUCAAGUUUCUACCCCCUGGACGUGUACUGCCAUUUGGUUGCAAAGACAAUUUUUGGGAGAUGGGCGAUACUGGUCCUUGUGGACCUUGCACUGAAAUUCAUUAUGAUAGAGUUGGCAAUCGUGAUGCUGCUUCAUUGGUGAAUAAUGACGAUCCAACAUGUAUUGAGAUAUGGAACCUUGUUUUUAUUCAGUUUAAUAGGGAAAGUGAUGGCUCUCUAAAACCUCUUCCAGCAAAGCAUGUUGACACUGGAUUGGGCUUUGAGAGAUUGACUUCGGUACUUCAGAACAAGAUGAGCAAUUAUGAUACUGAUGUGUUCUUGCCCAUUUUUGAUGUUAUCCAACAGGUUACUGGCGCACGUCCAUAUUCUGGAAAAGUUGGGCCAGAUGAUACUGACAAAGUUGACAUGGCAUAUAGGGUUGUUGCCGAUCACAUUAGAACUCUGUCAUUUGCCAUUGCUGAUGGUGCUUCUCCAGGCAAUGAGGGGCGCGAAUAUGUCUUAAGACGUAUUCUUCGCCGUGCUGUUCGCUACGGCAGCGAGGUCUUGAGAGCUCCGGAGGGAUUUUUCAGCGGGCUUGUAAGUAUUGUGGUGGAAGUGAUGGGUGAUGUUUUUCCGGAGUUAAAGCAGCAUGAAGCACGCAUUAGGGACAUUAUUGCAGCAGAAGAAGCAAGUUUUGGAAAGACUUUGGUGAAGGGGAUCGAGAAAUUUAAGAAGGCUGCACAUGAUGUUCAGGGGAAAAUAUUGAGUGGGCAGGAGGCAUUUAUCUUGUGGGACACAUACGGGUUUCCAUUAGAUUUAACUCAGUUGAUGGCAGAGGAAAGAGGUUUGAUAGUAGAUGUUGAGGGUUUCAAUAAUGCCAUGGAUGAGGCAAGGGAAAAGUCAAGGAGUGCAAGAACUAAGCAAGCUGGUGGUGCUAUUGUCAUGGAUGCUGAUGCUACCUCUGCAUUGCACAGGAAGGGGGUUUCUACAACAGAUGAUUCCUUCAAAUUCAUUUGGUUCCAGGACCAUGAGAGUGUAAUAAAGGCCAUCUACACUGGUUCAGAGUUUGUGGAAAGUGCCAGUGCUGGCGAUGAUGUUGGUUUAGUUUUGGAAUCUACAAGUUUCUAUGCUGAGCAAGGUGGUCAGAUUUUUGAUACAGGAUCUCUUGAUGGUUCCUUUGGCUCAUUCCAAGUAUGUAAUGUUCAAAUUUUUGGAGGUUUUGUUCUCCAUAUUGGUUCGCUUUCUGGAGUUACUGGCAAAUUCUCUGUUGGUGAUAAAGUAACUUGUAAGGUUGACUAUGAUAGGCGUGGGUUGGUUGCUCCAAACCAUACUUGCACGCAUAUGUUGAACUUUGCUCUCAGGGAAGUACUCGGCAAUCAUGUUGACCAGAAGGGGUCCAUUGUUCUUCCUGAAAAAUUGAGAUUUGAUUUUUCCCAUGAUCCGAACAGAGAUGGUGCUAUCAAUGCUGAUCAUUUGAGGAAAAUUGAGUCUAUUGUGAACGAGCAAAUAAAAGCUGAGUUAGAUGUGUAUUCAAAGGAGGCAACACUUGCUGAAGCCAAGCGUAUCAAUGGUUUGCGAGCUGUUUUUGGAGAAGUUUAUCCUGAUCCGGUUAGAGUUGUGGCAAUUGGUCAAAAAGUGGAGGACCUCCUUUCUGAUCCAGAAAACAAAGAAUGGUCAUCAAUUUCAUCAGAACUAUGUGGAGGUACACACAUAACAAAUACACGGGAAGCAAAAGCCUUCGCUCUUUUAUCUGAGGAGGGAAUUGCUAAAGGAGUUCGAAGGAUAACUGCUGUCACUACUGAGAGCGCUUUGACGGCAAUGGAACAGGCUGACCUGCUUUUAAAGGAAGUAGAUGAUGCAUCCAAGAUUGAAGUAAGCUUGCUGGAGAAGAAAGUGGCUUCUUUAAAAACUCGUGUGGAUUCAGCAUCAAUUCCUGCUGCCAAAAAGGCUGACAUUAGGGGCAAGAUCGCCCAACUUCAGAAUCAACUGAAAAAGGCACAAAAGAAGAUUGCUGAAGAAAAUAUGCAGAAAGCUGUCAAGAUAGCAACAGAAUUGGCUGAAGUUGCUGCCUCAGAGGGAAAGACCUUCUGUGUCUCCCGUAUUGAUGUUGGUUUAGAUGCAGCUGCUCUUCGUGAAGCAGUUUCAAAAGUUAUGGAGCAAAAGGGAAUGCCAGUUAUGGUUUUCAGCACCGAUGAAACUACAAACAAGGCUGUCGUUUAUGCUGGUGUACCAGAGAAAUCAGCCCAGAGCAAGCUAUUGGAAGUGUCAGAGUGGUUGACAAAUGCACUAGGGCCUCUAAAGGGGAGGUGCGGUAGAGGCAAGGGUGGUCUGGCUACAGGACAGGGAACGGAUGCAUCACACGUUAAUGAGGCCAUGGAUUUGGCAACUUCAUUUGCAUCAAUGAAGUUGAGAUGAAAAAAUUAAUUUUCUGAAUUUUUAUCUGUGCCGUGGAAGCAUUGUUGCUGUUAAAUUUUAUUGGUAAAAUUUAGGUUGUGGCAACUGCAUUGCCACAGCAAGCUACAAGUGAUUAUUCUAAUACUGUUCCUCAAUAUAUUGUUACAUCACCAUACGUACGUUAUUUAAUAUAUAGAAGAAAAAUGUGCAACUCUAUUUCUUCAGUCACUGUAAAUUUUUUCUGCCAGAAAGCAAUUUUUUACCCUUUGAAGCAUUGAUUCUCUUA